CCACUGCCUAAGAUGUCCCAACCUUGUGAAAGUAGAGAUCAGAAUCCCCCAAAAGGAGAGAUUUUCUUCCACCCCAGCUGUCUGGUGCUCAAAGGGUUAAAGAUGAAGUGCAGGAUUCCUAGAAAGGCAACAGGAAACAGGAGGAGGAGCUUGGUCCUCCAGGACAAGUGCCCCUCCUCCCUCCUGCCUUGUGCAUGGUCCUUUUGCAGAAGAGAGGCUGCAGAGGUUGGAUGCAUGGAAGGAAGCAGGCAGGGAGGCUGGGGCCAGAUCCUGCUGCAACCCAGAGCAGCUUGGAGCAGGACCUGAGGUCCCCCCACCUCUGGCUCAGCCCCUUUGUGGUCCACACUCCCUUGGCCAGCCUUUGGCUUGAAGCAGAACCUGGAAAGAAUAGGAAAAGAGGCUGCAGGGGACAAUCCUUCAGCCAUAUUGGAGGCUGCUGCCCAAAUCCCCAAAGUGCCCCAUUUGGGAGAUCCUGGGAAGAGCUAUGAAGACCCUCCUGGAUGGAGACACCCUCAGCUCACAUGCUCAGCGCCAGAGAUUCAGGCAUUCACGCUACCAGGAGGUCCAGGGACCCCGAGAAGUUUGCAGCCGACUCCACCGCCUUUGCAGGGAGUGGCUGGAGCCAGAGCGACACACCGAGGCUCAGAUCCUGGACCUGGUAGUCCUGGAGCAAUCCCUGGCUGUCCUCCGCCCAGAGAUGGAGAACUGGGUGAAGGAUCAGGGAGCGGAAACCAGUUCCCAGGCGGUGGCCCUGGCCAAAGGUCUCCUCCUGAGCCGGGCAGAGGAGAAGCAGCAGCAGCCAGAGAAGGCGCUGCAACUCUCCCAACAUCUUGACCUCACCCCCAAAGGCACACUCCUCCAUGGUCUCCCGAGACAGACGGAUGCCAAGAUCAUCAGAGAUUCCUGCAUUGCAGCGGGUUGGACUAGAUGACCCACAGGGCCCUUCCACUCUAUGAUUCUAUUCACAAUAUUUUCUUCACCCACAGUCCUCAGAGGCAGCAAUACUUUUGAAUACCAGUUGCAGGAGAGGAGAGGGCUCUUCGCCUUGGAUCCUGCCCUCUGGUUCCCUCUGGUUGGCCACUGUGAGAACAGGAUGCUGCCCUAGAAGGGACACUGACUUGAUCAAGCAGUUCUUCUUAAUGUUUAUAAUAAUAUAAAAAUAGUAUGCAAAUACAGUCAAACCUCGGCUCCUGAACACCUCCGUUUUGGAUUCCUUAUGCCAUGAGCAUCACAAUUAUAACAAAUAAAGGCUUGACAUAUCUCG